AAAGCAAGUCGUUUUGGUUCCCGGUUCGACUCACUGACUUGACUCACCACCACCAUCAGCAAGCAAGCAGACUCCCCGAGUUUCAGGAGACAAAGUUUCCCUCCUCCAUUGUUUCCCAGUUCCCACCGCACCAAAGCUUCAACCAGUAUCAGUAGAAGGAGAAGGAAGGAAGGAAGGAAGAUCUCCAAGCCGGAACCUCAGGACUUUCGCCGCCGACGGUGGUCGGAGAGAUCCAGCCUCUCUCCCUCGUUUCUCCACGUAAUGGCGCACCGAGCGGUGAAGCUCUUCUUCUUGCUAUGCGCACUGUCCUACGCUCUCGUCACCAUUGCCGGGAAGAGCUACUACGAUGUGUUGCAAGUGCCCAAAGGUGCGUCGGACGAUCAGAUCAAGCGAGCUUACAGGAAGCUGGCGUUGAAGUAUCAUCCCGAUAAGAACCAGGGGAAUGAGGAAGCUAAUAAGAAAUUCGCAGAGAUUAGCAACGCUUACGAGACGUUGUCCGACGGCGAGAAGCGGAAGAUUUACGAUGCUUAUGGGGAGGAAGGGCUUAGGCAGCAUAUGGCGAAUGGAGGCGGCGGUGGAGGAAUGAACAUGCAGAACAUUUUCGAGCAAUUCUUUGGCGGAGGAGGUCAAUCGGAAGAGGAGGAAGAGAGAAUCCAAAAGGGUGACGAUGUCAUUGUUGAUUUGGACGCCACAUUGGAAGAUUUGUACAUGGGUGGUUCAAUGCAGGUAAGAUUAGGCAUUCUAAUCUAUGCUUCUAACCAGCAAUGCGAAAUGCUAAUGAGUUCUAUCAUUGUAAAGGUGUGGAGAGAAAAGAAUGUUAUCAAGCCAGCCCCAGGGAAAAGACGAUGUAACUGCAGAAAUGAGGUCUAUCAUAGACAAAUUGGUCCAGGGAUGUUCCAGCAAAUGACAGAGCAGGUCUGUGAUCAAUGCCAAAAUAUCAAAUUUGAGCGGGAAGGGUAUUCUCUCACAGUUGAUAUUGAAAAAGGAAUGCAAGAUGGACAAGAGGUUGUUUUCUAUGAAGAUGGUGAGCCCAAGAUAGAUGGGGAACCAGGAGAUUUGAAGUUCCGCAUUCACACAUCACCUCAUGACGUUUUCACAAGGAAAGGCAACGACUUGCACACCACAGUCACCAUCACACUGGUUCAAGCCCUCGUUGGCUUCGAGAAGAAGAUCAAGCUCCUCGAUGAGCAUCUGGUCGACAUAGGCUCACAGGGAAUCACUAAGCCAAAAGAAGUAAAGAAGAUCAAGGGCGAGGGGAUGCCUCUGUACGCAAGCAACAAGAAAGGCGACCUCUAUGUGACGUUCGAGGUUCUCUUCCCUAAUUCAUUGACGCAGGAGCAGAAGACGAAGAUCAAGGAAGUUCUCGGCUAAAAGUAUCGUUAGGAAUUUUAUGCCAGUCAUUCCGAGGUUCCAACUAUAGUUUUUAACUGUAACAUGUCAGAUAGAAGAACCUUGAGAGGAGGGAAAGCAAGUUUUGUUUCCUUGAUUUGCCCCCUCUGUUCCCUGCCUUCCCCCAAUUUUUUCCCCAGUAGUAUACCAGAAAGAAAAUUGAAAUAGCUGUUUUUCCACUCUUGUGUGCCAAUUCGUAUGUACACUUUUAAGAAACCAUUAAUCGAUAAGCACACCAAGCUGCUGCUGAGGUUAUUGAGGUGUACUUUCAAAUUUGACUGUGUGGAAGAUUUAUUUUAUCAAUGCAGUCAUAAGUGUAUUAGAUCAUAAUCAUAUCUAAUUGGAGG